AUGUCUCAAUCUGAUAUUAACCAAAUCGAUAUUCAGGAACUUAAAUCCUAUGAUCCUGAUUUGUUUUUUGACACAACUACUUCUCUUUCAAAAUACGUGGAAUUUUAUAAGAUUCGAUUUGAAGAGAUGAAUAGGAUCGAAGCUAAUUCCAAGUUGGUGCGUAAUAGAAAUAAUUCUAAUUUUAAUAAAGCCACUAAUUUUAAAGAAAAGAUUUUACGUAGUCCAAUGUAUGGAAUGAGACAAGAACGUGAUUAUGUUAUCGAUGCAUGUGAUAAAUGUGCAAAUUUGUUGAUGGACCCAAAGGAUUUUGAUGAAAUAUUAUCAGAUUCCUCCCCAAAGAGUUCUUACGGUAGCGAUCAAAUAUAUUAUGAAUCUGAUGCAAAUGAAUUUGUAAUACGUGAUAGAUUCAAUGAUAAUGAAUUGACGAUAGAUGAUUCAUCAUCAUCACAAUAUCACGCUGCAAAAGAGACUUAUUCUUUGUUACAACAGGAAGAGGCGCAAUUUCUUUCUUGGUCAAAUGCUAUCAAAUCUAUAUUUGAGAAUGGAAUAUCGAAUUACAAAUCGGGACAUAAUUUUGAAAAUAUUGUACGAAAGAUAGCUGAAACAAAUGGAUUAUUAGCAUCUGAAAUAAAAGUAACUCAAGGCAAUAAUAGUAUCGAUAUUAUUGUGACCUAUAAAGAAAAACUUAUUCUUAUACAAUAUAAGAAUGUAGAAACUCCUGUAAAUGUUCAUAUUGUAAGAGUUUUUGAGUCGGCACUUUCAAGAUUUUCAUCAGAUUCUCUUGGACUUAUUGUAUACAAUAGUGAAAAAUUAAAUGAAAAUUUUGCUACUUCUAAAGCCAAAAAUUGGGCGUUUACGUCCAAAAAGAAUAUCAAAAUCUGUAAUGAAAAAGAGUUUGUUGAAAUCAUCAAGAAUUUUUUUGAAAAUGACAAUGAUGAUCAUAUUGAAUUGAUAAAUUAUAUAGCAGAUAGUUUUGAUUUAAUUAAAUUAGUUGAAAAAAAUGUUUCUUUUCUAUCGAAUGCUGAUUAUAUUAUUCUCGAUCGUACUCAGAUGGAUAUGAGAGAGAAAGAAUAUAUCGAUCGAAAACGAAAGAGAGCUCGUUUAGGUGAAUUGGUCGAUAAAGAGUAUUUGGAAACGCUUAACACUCAUUAUAUUGUAAAUAAUGAUUCGUUAUAUCCCGGGAAUUUAAAAUUUGAAAAUAUGGUUAAUCUUUGCGAUGAUUGCAAAAAAUCAUUACCAUGUCACGAGAAUUGUGACAAGAUCUACGAGAAUUUCUUUGCUACUCUUUUAUAG